CUUCCCUCGGGUCCGCCUUCCCCCGGCCCCUCCUCGCCUUCCCCCGGCCUCCGCCAUCCCCCGGCCCAGCCCCUCCUCCGCCUUCCCCCGGGUCCGCCUUGCCCCAGCCUCGGGUCCGCCUCAGCCUUGCCCCGGCCCCUCCUCCGCCUUUCCCCGGGCCCUUCCUGCCCGCCCCACCCCUCCCCGCCCCGCCCAGCAGCCCUUCAGGGCCGGGGGUCCUGCCCACGGCCUCCUCGCCCCUGUGCACCGUCGCCUCUUCUCCCUCCCGCCCGCCUUUCCAGGGGCUCCUGAGCGCCCUCCCUCCUUCCCCGCCUCCGCCGUUUCUCCCUGCCCCUCCGCUCCCUCCCGCCGCGUCUCCCCCGCCGUGGCGAGCACGGACGCGCUGGAGGAGCGUGUCAUCAGCGAGGAGUACAAGAUCUGGAAGAAAAACAGCCCCUUCUUGUACGACCUGGUGCUGACACACGCCCUGGAGUGGCCCAGCCUCACGGUGCAGUGGCUGCCUGAGCUCAGCAGAGAUGAAUGGCACCAUCCAUCCAGCUGUUCACUUUUAACUAAAUGUUGCAUUCAACCACCAGAAGAGAAAUUUGAUUCUACUUCAGAUAACUGGCCAGAAGGAAAGGAUUAUGCUCUGCACUGGCUGCUUUUGGGAACACACACGUCUGAUGAACAGAAUCAUCUGGUUGUUGCCAGAGUCCAGAUUCCCAACAAUUAUCAGUUUGAUUCUUUGAAGUCUGGCAGUGAGAAAGGAGAACUUGGUGGCUUUGGAUCUGUGACUGGCAAAGUUGAGAUGGAGAUUAAAAUUAACCACGAGGGUGAAGUGAACCGUGCCCGUUACAUGCCGCAGAAUCUCAGCAUCGUCGCGACAAAAACACCCUCUGCUGAUGUGCUGGUGUUUGACUGCACUAAACAUCCUUCAAAACCAGACCCAAGUGGAGAGUGUAAUCCUGAACUUAGAUUAAGAGGACACCAGAAGGAAGGCUAUGGCUUAUCAUGGAACUCCAAUUUGAGUGGACAUCUUCUCAGUGCAUCAGAUGAUCAUACAGUGUGUUUAUGGGAUGUAAAUGCUGGACCCAAAGAGGACAAGAUUGUUGAUGCCAGAGCCAUCUUCACUGGGCACUCUGCAGUAGUGGAAGAUGUGGCAUGGCACCUGCUCCGUGAGUCUCUCUUUGGAUCUGUGGCAGAUGAUCAGAAGCUUAUGAUCUGGGACACAAGAUCUAAUGCCACGUCCAAGCUGAGUCACUCAGUAGAUGCUCACACAGCCGAGGUCAACCGCCUGUCCUUCAAUCCCUACAGCGAGUUCAUUCUGGCAACUGGCUCUGCUGACAAGGUUUACUGGUCUCCUCAGAAUGAAACCAUUCUUGCUUCAAGUGGUACCGAUCGUCGCCUGAACGUGUGGGAUCUGAGUAAAAUUGGAGAAGAGCAGUCAGCAGAGGAUGCAGAAGAUGGGCCUCCUGAGCUGCUGUUUAUUCAUGGAGGACACACUGCCAAAAUUUCAGACUUCAGUUGGAAUCCUAAUGAGCCUUGGGUAAUCUGUUCUGUAUCAGAGGACAACAUAAUGCAGAUAUGGCAGAUGGCAGAAAACAUUUACAGUGAUGAAGAACCAGAUAUAACAGCAGCUGAACUGGAAGCUCAAGGAAUGUAACUUUUCUUCUUUAAGGAACUAGAGGGAAUGACAUAGUAAUGUAAUUUGAGUACUGUAUAUGUAAAAUAAAGUCCUGGAAAAAACACAGACAACCAAAUACCAAACCAAAGAACCCCACAAUCACUGGGCAGAAGCCUUGCAUCAAAACAGGAAUACUCCUAAUUGGAUUAAGCAAAAAGCUUGUAUAAUCAAAUUGUCAUGGGAUACUCUUGGUUCUGUGGGCACUUUGAGCUGUUGUAUACUGUACAGCAGUUAGCUUUAGAGAAACUAACAAUGACUUAAUACCUAUGUCUAUAUUUUUAAAUAAACUUUGUGUGUUCUGUAAAUAAAAUGGUGAAAUCCUCACUUUUCACACAUAGAAACUGUAUAAAAAACGCCUUUUCUAUUAAUAUGUAAAAAGAGCUUUUCACUUCCCCACACCACUUUUGGAUUGGUUUUGCAUAAAUGAAAUCUAUUAAAAAAAGUGUUUGGUGUAUUGAA